AUGUUUCACAACGCCCUCAUACGCACCCACCAUAUCACAUCUCGCAAAAAAGUCUCUGCCCUGAAACGAGCUGCUGACACGUACAACUGCUUCGUGCUUCUUCGAUCCGGUGGCUGCCCAGGGAUCAUGUACGUUGAAUCCAAGGAAAAGGUUGCAGUUGAAUCCUGGGUCAGUACAGUACGCAACCUACGGUAUAAGGAUUUUCAGCUUGUGGCGAGGCCAGGUGUUUUGGCGGAUGAGAACCAGACCUACGGCGAGAACUCAAAAAAUCAUCGGUACCAAGAGAGGCUGUCCCAGGAGAUGAAAAGGGACCAAACUAUCGGCUUGUUUGAGGUCGAGACUGUUAAAGAUUUUGGAAGCAUAAUGCAGCAACGAGGCGUUUGGCACUGGUGGAGGAAAGGCAUGGGUUAUACAUAA